GUGUAUGACGAACGGGGAAAUAAAAGUAAACAACGCCUAGGAUAACGAAAAUGGUUUUUGGCGUUAGUCCCCCAAGCUUAGACGGAACCUGUGAUUUUUCUGAGGCUUUGUUGAUCAUGUAUGAAGGCUUUGUUUUCCGAUAAGGACAGAGGCAGGCUGAAAACUGAUUUAGCUAUGUUAGCCAUCAGAUCGUCAGAGGAGGAGUCCACUGAGAUUGAGGAGAUGGACACCUCAGAGCCCAACUGGUGCUGGUUCUACUUGGCUGAGUGUGGAGUGUGGCAUAUGUUUGAGAUUGAUCCCAGUGCAGCCUGCUCUGUGACCAGCGCUCAGAUUGAGCAGUGCUACAACAGGAACCAGCGUGGUGUGAUGGAGUUUUACACAGCCAAGUACACAUACAGACUGGACUUCUCAGUCAUGCGACAGAUAAAUGUAACAACAGGAAAGCAACGGCCGAUCAAACGCUCCCUCCACUCUGCAACUGGAUUUAGGUUUAUUUGUGAUAAUCUCGCCUUGCCUGUUCCCUGUCACUGGGAAAGAAUAAACACAGAUGAGCCCUAUCAAGUGAGUACAGAACUCAUCCAGCUUGGCAGAGACACAUAUGAAUUUAAAGAAGUAGCCAGACUGUAUGAAAGAACAAUGGAUCAUCCAAUUAAAUCCAUCCAGAGGAUCCAGAACCUGGAUUUAUGGGAGUUCUUCUGCAGGAAGAAAACACAGUUGCGAAAAGUCAAGCGAACACUGGAUAUUGAGGAACGAAUGCUGUUUCAUGGCACGGGACACAGCAAUAUACAAGCUAUAUGUACAUUUAACUUUGACUGGCGGCUCACAGGAAGCCAUGGCGAUGUCUAUGGCAAAGGGAGCUACUUUGCCCGCGAUGCCAAAUAUUCCAGUAAAUUCUGUCACACCACAGGGAAACACAACACGACCUUACAGAGACAUGGACUCGCACCACCGAUAUUUGCGAGUGAGCCGCCUUAUAAGACCAUGUUCCUGGCCAGAGUGCUUGUUGGAGAAUACACAGUUGGUCAUCCAAUGUACUGCAGACCACCCUCUAAGGAUGCCAGUUUCACUAACUUCUAUGACAGUUGUGUGGAUGAUAUGGCCAAUCCAAAGAUCUAUGUCAUUUUUGACAGUAAUCAGAUUUAUCCAGAGUAUCUGAUUGAGUUCUACUGAUGCCUAAGAAAAUGAUGCCAACUUUUUUUUUUAAUAAAGGCUGGAAAAGCUAGGAUAUGAAAUUAGAUGACAGGAUAAUUGAUUUCCAUGACUGAAUGGAGCAUGGGUCAUCUAAGUGCCUUUGAAGAAGUUGGUAAGACAGUAAGGACUUUGUGUCAAAUUGUAUACUGUACAGCAUACAUAAUUGGACCCAGAAAUUAGAACGUUUCCAUGACUUCAAAAGAUGCUAACCGAAGACAGUCUUUGUGCUGUUUUUAUCUUUAAUCCUGAGUCUAUGCUUGCUUACUGAAUAUGUGUGCACAUUUGCUUAGAUAAAAUAAGAGUGGUGCUUGCAGCCUGUAGAUCAUAGGCAAUAUCCGACCACCGGCUCCAUCACUCCCUCUACUUCCACAGUGCCAUACAUAUGCUUCUUUAUAAAUCCAAGAACAUGCUCUGCUCACUCAUUUUGCACCAUGUUCUGAAAAUCUGUGUCUAGUAGUACCAUGUAUUAUAUAAGCAUGGAUUUUUGUUCAUGUUUUUGUCAUAAAAACGCUCCUACCUCUGCAUUUUUUUAUCUUGCACUUUCCAUGAAAGGUUUUGUAAUUGUGUCAUAUUGACAUAAACAUGUAAAAUGUG